AUUUGCAUCUCGAGCCGUGGAAGGGUUGAGGAUGUUGUCACGAUCUCCGGCAGUCAGGGCGACCCGGUCCAAUCCCCAUGUCCUAUUACGUCCGGCCGUAUCCAGGUCGCCGCAGACCGGUUCACAGCCUCUCCGCCGCGGAGCUGCCAGCUUCAUAGCUGGGCGCCCCAGAACUUCGAUUGCCCGCAAAACAUCCCCAUCGACCUUACACUUGGAAUCCCUAUUCAGAGAAGCUACCUACGCUCGUACUCAACAAUGGCUGCACGGCCGGAGGCAUGCGUCGUCCACGACAGCGACGGAGACCGACCCCGAUGCGGAGAAGAAAGAUGCUAUUUACGCCUUAGUCGACAAGAUCAACGAAACGGACCUGGAGAUGGCUGAGCUUAUGCACGAGCUGGAUCUUUUGGACGAUCACGAGAAAGCCCUUAACCUCGAAGGUCUCGAUUUCGAUUAUGCGUUGAGUCAGACGAUCGGUCACCGCGACGAAGAAACAUUGGAUGCGCGGGUGCGAGAGGCAAGACAGGAGUUUGGUGAAUACCUUCCGGAGGGUCUCUUAAACGAUAGAGAGACUCAGCUGUAUACUCGGUUGUACGGCGAACCAAUCUAUCUUUCACAAGAGUCUGAGUUGGACCUAGUGGAAGAAGAGAUAGAUCCGGAUAAACUAUACCGUGAAGAUGGUGAGGGCGGCUGGGAAGAAGUUGCGAUGGAUGAGUCUGCCACACACGACGAACCUCCGUUGGUCUAUGAUAUGGAAGCUCCGCCGUCAGUCGAGGAAACGAUCGCGAUGCAACGGACGAGAGAAGUCGCCGAGCAGUUGGGCGGAGAGAUCAUGCUCGAGCAGUUCGAAGAGGAAGCAGCAGCAGACUCGGCUCCCAAAUUCCAUCCUUUGACCACAAUGGGGAAGUUUUCCACCGAUCCUAGCACUAUAUUCAUACCCAAGGAUAGCGUGACGGGCCCUAUUUCUGUCAUUCUGUCCGACUUUUCGAACAAGCACAUUGCGGAUACCGCCCACCGCACACUCGGCGGCCAAUACCUUCCUUAUUCCACCACAACCCCUCCCCUGCGCUUGCAAGCUCCUCAACAGCCGAUUCCUCUAGAAGCAUCCCAGCGGUACAUGAGCGAAAUGGAAGCCAAUGUCUUUCUUGCCACUCUCUACCCUGGCAUGUAUGCAUCUGUCCUGAGUGUUUUGGUGGAAGUCCGGAAACGCUUGGGUACGGACUGGAUCCGGAACCUGAUGACACAAGAAGGGGGCCCCCAUGUCCUUGAUGUUAGUGCCGGUGGUGCAGGUGUUUUGGCGUGGAGAGAUAUCCUUCGUGCGGAGUGGGAAGCCAUGACGCCAGAGCACAGCUCAGAGGACCCCUAUCCCGUGGGCCGGUCGACCGUUGUCACUGGCUCUGACUCUCUUCGUCUCCGUGCCAGCGCGAUGCUCGAAGAUACCAGCUUCCUGCCACGACUGCCCGACUACGUCCAUGUUCGCGAGAAGCCAACCUUGCAAGAUGAACGGGCUCCGCCCAAGCGGAAACAGUACGACAUCAUCAUCGCUCCACACUCCCUGCUCGGAAUUGAGGAAGAGUUCCUCCGGAAGGAACAUGUACAGAACCUAUGGAACCUCCUAAACCCCAACGGAGGUGUUCUGAUCCUCUUAGAAAAGGGACACCAGAAGGGCUUCGAAGCCGUUGCCGGAGCGCGUGACAUGCUCUUGAAGCGAUUCAUCUCCAGCCCCGGAUCCACCACAUACGAAAACUUGACCGAAUCGCCCGAAGAAGACACGUUCAUCGAGAAAGAAGCCGGCAUGAUCGUCGCCCCUUGCACCAACCACAACAAGUGCCCCAUGUACCAGAUCCCCGGUCAUACCAAGGGCCGUAGAGAUUACUGCCACUUCCAGCAACGCUACAUCCGUCCGGCCUUCCUCCAGCGCAUCAUCGGCGCCAAGGACCGCAAUCAUGAGGACCUGAAAUUCAGUUACAUCGCCGUCCAGCGCGGUGUCGAUCGUCGUGUUGAGGACAGCAUCAUCCAGGGCACCGAGGCCGCAGAUGCAGCGUUUAACGGAUACGAAGACGCAGUCGAGAUGCCUAAGCAAGAAGCCGAAGCAUCAUCCGACGAGGCUGUCGCAUCCGAGACUCAACCUACACCUUAUACAGAGCAACAGGAAACAGGGGGCGUCAACUUCCUUUCCCUGCCCCGUAUCGUCUACCAACCAAUGAAGCGCCGCGGUCACGUCAUCUUCGACCUUUGCACGCCGGCCGGCAAGAUCGAGCGCUGGACCGUCCCCCGAUCAUUCAGUCGGCAAGCGUACAAGGAUGCGCGCAAGUCCCAGUGGGGAGACCUAUGGGCUCUUGGCGCGAAGACACGUGUUGCCAGAUCGCUGAGACUCGGUGAGAAGCAUGGUGAGAGUAGGAAGGAGCGACUUGCCCGGCGGGCUGCUGAGAAAGAGGAGAUGGAGGAAGACGCAGAGGAUGCUAUGGAGGAAGGUAUUGAGGCUACCAGCAGUAUGCCUGAUCUUCAGACUCCGAUUAAGAAGAAGGGCCAGAAGAUACCCAGUUGGGAGAAGCAGCAGAUGAAGAAGAAGCGCAGACAGGCUUUGAAGCAGGUGAAGCCUUCGGCCUAAACUAUCACUGGGUCUGGGCUAGCUUGUUACUUUUUCGGGUAUCUACUUUGGAGUCAAAAGUGGCGUAUAGAGGGUUUGGGUUGCUUCCUGGCUAGGAGCAUUGUUUGUGGGUUGAGGAUGGUCAUUGUAUUAUAUUCCUGUACGAUAUAUGACAUGUAGGA